AUGAGGCCGGUCGGCCUCGCGCUGUUGCCCCUGCUGCUCUGCAUCGGCUGGGCACACGGGUAUGAGAUCCUCAAUCUCAGGAGGGAUUGGAGCCCCUCCUUCUGUUACAUAAACGGCGUCAGCGGCAGCCCCUGCACCUCACAGCCCUGGGCCGCCUUCACCAUCCGCAGCCUCAUGCCGGUGGACCUGGUCAACCCCAACGCCACCCGCUGCGCCCCGCUGCCUUACAACGCCACCACCGUGGCCGACAUCGCGCCGGAGCUCGACUGCUAUGCUCGCUACCCGGCAGGCGCGCGCCCGGCCUAG